CGAGUGCUGGCGAGUCACCAUGUUGCGCACGACUUGGUUUCGAAUCCUGUUGGGGCUGCUGACCAAACGACCCAGUUGGGGCUUGAAAACCUUUUGAACGUUGAUGCCAUCGCGAGUGUGGCAACACCUCCAAAUCUCUUUUUUUCACAUUUUUGCCCUCUUUUUUCGACUGUUGCCGACGGCUGUACAGCAGGCAGAGCUGGGAGAUACAGGAAACGGCAAAGAAGGGCUGUAGCAAUUGACAAUGGAGUGAACGGACUUGACAAUCGAGUGAGUGAAGUAGAGCGCGGUUUCGGGACCCCCGAAUGGGUGGAAGAAGAGCUGAAUUACGCCGACGAUGCUUCUCGCCGUGGCAACGAUGUUGGCAGUGACAAGAAGGCGAAGAGGGAGAAGGAGGAAAAGGAGGAGGAGGAGGAGGAGGAAGAGGAGGAAGGAGAGGAAGAGGAAGAAGAAGAGGAAGAAGAGGAGGAGGAGGAGGAGAUUAUUCGCGAAGCCCUUCAGAGGCGCGUCACGCCUACUCCGCGGCUUCACGGCCGCUCCCUUAAGGCCAACUCUUUCGAUCCCGACAUUCCUGUUCGCCAGUCUUUGCGGGUCAGUCUCUUCGGUCGGACCGGUUCCGGUCUCAGUUCGGACGCCGCCCGGCCGGGGCAUCGGGAGGCCGAGGACACAACUCACCGUCGCUUCAACUCCCGCUGGUGGGCGUCCAGCUUGUCACGCGCUCUCAGGCCGGCGGAGUCGCGGCGGCAACAACAGGACCGUUGCCAGGCGCCGCAGCCGGGCAACUCGAAGCCAGCACAACCGCACAAAUUGCUGUACCAAGGACACGUCACGCCACCGCCAAGGUCCAAGGUCGGAGAGGGCUGUCCACGGGCUCCGGCUCUGUCCGGUCGUCGGGAGCACAAGAGCCUGAGUCGACUGGAGCUGAGGUCGUCGCCAAGUCUAUUGUCGACCCGCCGGACUCAGGAUCCCGCCUCCGAGUCCGGCAAGCCAGACCACCGGCCCCGGUGGCUUCGGCUCGCCGAGUUGCGGACUCGAGGCGUCGCCGAGGCGGGCAGCCCUAAACCCUGCCCUGGCGACGGCACUGAAGUCCGGCCUCUGUCACCGCGGAGCAUGUUUACGCGGCUCGAGUCUAGCGGAGAGACGGAGGGACUCGGACUGAGCGGAUUGCAGGCUUACGCAAGCACCACUCGAGCCCAGCGGAGGGAACAGGUGCUGGGUCGCCUGCUCGACCUGGCCGUGGUAAGUCUCCGUUUGGCGUUGGUCUCUUUUAGCUCGACUCCUUGA